AGCAUUCAUUUUAAACAGCCAAAAAUCAAUAGGUGUCAAAUAUUAUCCCUGGUAGUAUUAGCAGAAGAGUUGCACUUCCGUAUGCUAAGUGUCCUAUCAGUGGCUUAAUGUUUAGCCCGAGGAGCUAAAGACUGAAGCAGGAUUAGACCAGGACCAAACCAGGAUGGAGCUGAGAGGGAGGAAGAUCCAGAGAGGGAAACAGAAACCAGUGACCUCCAUUGAGAGUCCAGCUCAACUCGAGUUCAAUGGCCAAUCUUCUUCUCCUCCUCCCGCUUCUCCCUCCUCUCCACCUCCUUCUCUCUGUCUCUCCCCCCUCUCUCGUCUCUACCUCUACUCCCUCCACGGCCUCCUGUGUGAGCUCCUCUUCACCUCCGUCUGGGACUUUUUCUCCAAUCGAGACAUUCGUCUUCAGGGACACAGCAGUCUCUGGGCCCUCCUUAUGUACUCCACCGCUCUGUACGCCAUAGAGACACUGCAACGUCAGCUUUUAAACAGAAAUCUACCCCUCCCAUUGAGACUGGCUGUGUACACUUUGCUCAUUUACAUGUGGGAGUUUGUCUGGGGGGCGGGGCUGUCACUUUUGGGGGCGUGUCCAUGGGAUUAUUCAGAUUUUAAGUAUAAUUUUAAAGGACUGAUCACAUUGGAGUAUGCACCGUUUUGGGCAAUAGGGGCUUUUAUAGCAGAGAAAUUUGUUAUCAAGAAUACGUUAAGAAUUCAGUUGCAAUGAAGCAAAUGGAUUCUAAGUGGGAUUGCGGAAUUUAUUUUUUUAUUUUCUAUAUCAUGUUAUUGCUAAAUUAAUCUGAUAUUUAUUUUUAUUUGUCAUAUUAUUCCAUAUAUUUAAAUUUGGUUUAGGUUUACAACCAUUUUUUGUCAUUUUAAUUCCCUUUGGUGUUCUGGCUCUAUUGAUACUUUGCAGCUGAUGUCAUCAACAUUCCCUGGGGGUGUGAUGCUAACUGGAGGCACUGCUUUGUCUGUGGCCCCUGUUACUUUAAUCUGAUCUUUAGGCUAUUUUAACACAAUUAGAUCAGAAAGAACUGACUUAGAUGAAUCUACAACAGGUGAGCUGAUUUGUGUUGUUGAUGAAAUCCCUCUCAAAUUACAUUCCAGCUAGCGUCAGCCAACAGUUUUUUCAGUUAGUCACUCUCUGUUGGUGGAGAUAGCUGGGACUGUAUGAGAUGUUUGCUGGGACACAUCAUCCAAAACAGUACUUUGGUCAGAGAGUGGAUGUGGAACAUUUACGCAAGAAUUAAAUAAGCAAAAGUCCAUUGAUGGGUCAUUAUAACAUAUUUACAAACCCACCUCUGUCUUAGAUAAAGGGAAUGAACUGAAGUUACAGCAUUUAGAAGCAAGAGCAUUUCCACGGUAACUAUGCUCCCUAUGACCCUUUAACUGCCCAAUGAACGCCAGAUGUAAAUAUUAGGGAAUUUAUAAAACGUUCACCUUUUUUGUUAAAAAUCAAACACCUAAACUGGACAAUGAAUACUCAUAUUGAUCACAGAUAUUCUUUAAAUACUUUUUUUUUUUUUUUUCUUGAGCUUUCAGACUAUCUUAAACUUUUUGGCAGUGCUUGCUAAUGUGUGCAUUGUAUCACCAUGGUAACUGAUGACCAUUCCUCCAUAGACAUACAUGCCGAACCUCCCCAGCAUGAUGUCACUGCAAAGUAUCAAAAGGCAAUCCUGUUGUACUGUUCUUCCAAAUAUGGCUAUAGUGUGCCAGUUGACCGUGGUAAUCUUCAAAAUAAGAUAACAAUACCAAAAAUGUCAAUAUUUAAACUUUGGCACAUCUAUUAUGUAAUGUAAUUUCAUAUUUUUAUGAUAAGAAUUGAUAGUUUUGUAAAAAUUCUAAAGGGCAACUAUAUCAAAUCACAGUGUAAUUUUUGUGUUAAUAAUAUGUUGUGAAUUCAAUUGCUAUAAAUUACUAGAUUAGAACAUUGUUUAUGGUAGGACUAGAACCUAGUUCUAUUUCUUGUAAAAUAUUUUUAAAAGAUCAUAUUACCAUAUCACCUUUAUUUUUCAUUUCAUUUGUCAUAUUUUUAUGUAGCCUAUUUAAAUAAGCACUUAUUAUUACUUACUAUUAUUACUUUACUUUAUUCUUUUAAUGAUGUCUUCACCCAACAUUUGGGGACAUCUGUACUGUUCUUAAAACUAAAGGGCUUUGUGCAUUUCAAAAUAAGAGUUUGUAUAAAAUGCUAAAAAUGUCUAUUUAUUUAAACAUUGGCAUUGUAAUUAUUUAGACGUAUUUAAUAUUUUAUUAUUUGAAUUGCUUAAAGCCACAGUAUGUAACUUUUUAGCCACUUUUUAGCCGGCCUCUCCCUGCUUGUUUCCAUAGAUAUAAUCUUUGACCGUAUCUAUCUCCAUGGAGAAUGAUCCAAAGUAUGUUCUAUUUCCAUGGAAUUAUACAGGUGACAUGCUGCCUCCAGAAAGUUACAUACUGUACCUUUAAAUGUGUACAAAGUUGAGAAAGGCAUCAGUCAGUACAAUGACUUCACAGCAAUGUUGUUUUUCAAAUUGUUGUGUGAUAUAUGUUGCUGUCUACAGAUUUCUAGGCAUUAUUUAAUGAUAAUUAUUAAUUUAAUUAAUAUAUUUAUUUUGUGUUAAUAAUUUUUGAAUACUUUUCAUUGUAAAAGUUACUUUUAAAUGUUGGGAACGUGGAUGUCAACAGGUUAUGCCAAAGACAAAGCAAAAUUUAUCAUCAUUUCUUGAGACAUCUCUUUAUCAUGUUGCCAAAAACAGAAGUUGUUUGAAUUUUAAUUUUAAAGCAAUGAAGCUUUUUUUUUUUUUUUUUUUUUUUUUUUUUUUUUUUUUUUAAUCAGCAUCUUUGGUUAAAAAAAGGCGGUGUCUGUAUCUUGAGUUAAUCUGAUGUCAUGUAUUCCCAAUGAUGGACACAAUUGCAUAUCAUAUUUUGAGCACUUUUGUAAAGUACUGGAAAUUAUUUUUAUGAUUUUUUUAAACCUUAAUAAAACAAGCACUUAAAUGCUCAUGCUUUAGU